AUGUCCUCUCAAUCCUCUCAGCUUAUGGAUGAAUGCGUUGACUCCGGUUGUCAACAACGUUUCAGUAACAUGCCUUCGGAAGUUUUGGUCAGCUCUACAACCAGACCAGAGCUCAGAUGUGCCGGUUACCUGUGCCUAGCCCAAAGCCAAAUCAUAGGCUUCUUUGUCUUUGAUAUUGUAAUAGCCGUGGUCAUACUGAUUGGCAAUACACUGGUUAUACUCAGUGUCGCCAGGACGCCCUCACUUCGCUCUCAGAACAACAUCUUCCUGGCCAGUCUAGCCGUGGUCGAUUUCCUGCUGGCUAUCAUCUGCAUACCUCUCGAUAUCAUCGCCGGAUUGGGGUUCAUGCCCGAUGUCUCGCCGUGGGCCUGCUUGUCCUUGAGCGCCGUAAUCGCCACCAUGGUGUUUCUCACCAUCUUGCACAUCACCGUGGUCGCCUUUGAUCGAUUUCUCGCCAUCACAUCGCCAUUCACCUACCAGCAGACGAUGACGAACGGUCGGGUAGCAUGUUUUAUCGCCGGCGUUUGGUUGAUAACCCUGGUGAUUAGCUCCUCCGCUUUCGCGUGGAAUAACGUUCACGAAUUCGACGACACCGCCUGCGAUCUCCUCUUCAUCCAGGACAAGAGCUAUCGUCUCUUGACAGUCCUGCUCAUCAUGUGUGUGCCGCUUACGCUGAUGUCCUAUUGGUAUUUUCGCAUCUACCGCGUCGCCCGUAGUCAUCGACGUCGGAUAGCCGCGCUCGAGCGCGUUCUUGAAACAAAAGCAUUCGCUCGGGCCAAGUACGGGACAACGCUCAAAAAAGACUUGAAAGCCGCCGUAACGAUCAUGUUCGUUUUCGGCCUCUUCGUCAUCGGAUGGCUGCCGGCAUCGUUUAUGACCAUCAUUGACGUCAUCGUCCCCGACGUCCAUCGGGACGAGGUGUACAUCUACGAACUCAUCUGUUUCAAAAUCGCCUUCUCGAAUAGUGCAAUGAACCCGAUGAUUUAUGCGGCAAGAAACAUGGAUUUUCGGCGGGCAUUUGCUCGACAGCUAGGCCUGUCGCAAAAGAAAUCGACGAGUCGCACUAAUGGGCAAACAUCGCCGGUCAAGAUAGGGCAGCACAUCAGUAAACAUGGACGUGGACGGAGAGGAAAGAGUGAGCCGGUGGUAGAGAGCAGCCCAGGCCAGCUGUACAACAGACGAAGAUGGAUGAGCGAUGAGAGACAGAAGGAGACGAGAGAGUCAGAAGAUCAUCGGGAGAAGAAGAAGGCCUUUAGCGGUUCCCAAUAUUAUACAACGUUUAAAGGCACGUGA